AUGGAGAUUGUGUCUCGAGUGUGCAGACUUUCCAGACCUGCUUGCCUGAGGACAAUCUCGCCAGGCACUCUCGCCUCCGCCAGCAGAUUUAUCCCGCACGUUGGCUUGCGGUUGAGUCGCCGUCCUUUGUCAACUGAUACUGCCGGCGUGCAGACGUCUCCUCUAGGAACUCCGUCUCUCUUGGAUCACGGACAGAUACCUUUCCAGGCUCCACGUUCAACCUCAGCGCCACGAGGUUCUGCUGUCAAACCCCCCCGUGGCGCAGGAAAGCUUCCGGUCUCUUGUCCGGGUUGCGGUGCCCUAACUCAGGAUGUUUCGCCUGAUGAGGCAGGGUUCUAUACACGGUCGAGAAACACGGUAAAGAAAUAUCUCAGAGCCGUUGAGCAUGAAGCUCGUCAGGCGCCCAGGCAAGAUGGAACUGUUGAAGAGGAAUUGCCCCAAGAACAACCUGCCCUUGUGAAUGAAGAUGGCGAACACUUUGAGCGCAAUCCCUCUGUACCUAAUACACCGAUUCCUCCUCCGGUCUGCGAUCGCUGUCACCAUCUGACCCAUGACUCUCGCGGUGUCCCUAUCGCUCAUCCUUCGAUCGAAGACAUUGCAGACUCGAUUGCAGAAUCGCCAUUUUCCAAGAACUACGUAUAUCAUGUCCUGGACGCCGCAGACUUCCCUAUGUCUCUGGAACCUUCGAUCUACAAAAGCUUGUCACUAGCCAAACCUCGAAGCCAAAAUCGCCGUUCGCAACACCCCUUCUCUUCGAAGCCCUCACUCUCUUUCAUUAUCACGCGAUCAGAUCUGCUUGCGCCCACCAAGGAGAUGGUUGACAGAAUGAUGCCCAAAUUGAAUUCUAUCCUCAGGACAUCUCUUGGCCGCAGAAAUCAGAAGAUCAGGCUUGGGAACGUCCAUCUGGUUUCCUCGAAAAGGGGGUGGUGGACAAAGGACAUCAAGGAGAGUAUUUGGAAGCGAGGCGGGGGAAACUGGUUGGUUGGUAAGUUCAAUGUGGGAAAAUCCAGUCUCUUCGAGGUUUUGUUUCCCAAGGGCUCUGGUGAUCGGGCCCCGGUAUAUGCAGAGCUACAACAGCAGCAAGAAAUGGAUUCUAUCAACGAUUCUAUCCUGAACAACUUCAUCCCGGAAACCAGUCUACUUCCUCCGCCCCAACCAGAAGUACCAUUUCCAUCCAUGCCGCUGGUCUCAAAUCUGCCGGGAACAACUGCAUCUCCCAUCAGACUUCCGUUCGGGAAUAAAAGAGGAGAACUUGUUGACUUGCCUGGCCUGAACCGCGGCGGACUGGAUCGAUUUGUUCGUGAGGAAGACAAGCUUGAACUGGUCAUGGAACACCGGCCAACGGUCAUGCAGUACAAGAUCGGUCCCGGUCAGUCUCUCCUUCUCGGAGGUGGACUUGUUCGCAUCACGCCCAAGCUGGAUGAGAACGACCCGAGUACAAUAAUGAUGGCAUAUCCAUUUGUGCCCCUAAAAGCCCACGUUACAUCCACGGAAAAGGCUAUAGGCGCACAAAAGCAACAACUUGGCACCGGCAUUGACUCGAUUCUUGCCGAACAAGCAGGAGAGACCAUGGCCUCAGCUGGCAAAUUCUCCCUGCAGACAGACGUCACAAAAUCUCGGGCAGGGCCCGUGAUAAGAGCGGGUGCCGACGCUGCGAAGUUGCCGUUCCAAGUCUACGCAACAGACAUUCUCAUUGAAGGGGUUGGCUGGAUAGAGCUCGUGUGUCAAGUCAGAAAAACUCGACGCACAUCACACCCUCCUGUUGAAGCAAAGUCUCUGGAGGAGCACCACUCAACCGCUUCGGCCGUACCCAAGGCCGAAGCUGUGUCCAUUGAGUCUACCGGAUUUAUUCCGUUUGGAGGUUCCAUGACAGUACCUGACGCGGAGAGUCUUGACUUACCAGAAGUCGAAAUUUUCAGUCCAAUGGGUAAAUUUGUCGGCCAAAGGCCUUGCUUGGAUGUAUGGCAAACCUGGAAUACAGGGAAGCCUCAAAAGCAAAUUCGGAGUGCUCGUCCACGCAAGCCAAUGAGCGGGGCAAAGAAACAUGAAAAGAAGCUUCAUAAAGCUGCACUUUGA